AUGGAUCCGUCCGACGACCCGCGCGUCAACCGGCCCCCCAUGAGCGUCGAGGCCGGCCCGUCCAGAUGCCACAUGGAAACGUCCUUUUACAACAUCCUGCACUCGUCAGGCUUUGCCGAAUGGGCAGCGCGCGCCGAGGAGCAAAACGAAAGGCUGCGUACCGGCUCGUGGGCCCAGACCAAGGACCGUGACGCCGGCUCCUCCCCGUCGUCGGACAGCAAAUCCAGCGUCGAGUCUCCCUCGUCCGUCACCACCAGCACCAGCACCAGCACCAGCACCACCCGCUCCGCCCACAGACCAUCGAAAAGAGCAAGUCGGUCGCGGAAGCUCAAAGAGGCAGAGGGGAAGCCGUCCAAGACGCGGUCGACGCGCUCCAAGCGCAGCGACACCGUGGCCGAGGAGGAGGCCGAGGAAGAGGGAGACGGAAAGGACGGCAACCCGGCAGCCAACUUCGUCGCCCACUACUCCAACUACAGCUCCAUGGACGCCGAGCUCAACAUCCUGACCAAGCAUCUCAUGCAGCACGGAGGCUGCUAA